GUGGUCACAGCACUUUCUUUGCUCUCCUUAAUACCUUCGUUCACAUUGUUAUGUACUUCUACUACAUGGUUGCCGCAAUGGGCCCUGAAUACCAGAAAUACAUCUGGUGGAAAAAAUACCUUACAACACUGCAAAUGGUUCAGUUCAUCUUAAUUUUCACCCACCAAUUCCAACUAUUGUUUACUGAUUGUAAUUAUCCGAAAUCGUUCAUGAUUUGGAUUGCACUACACGGAAUUUUGUUCCUAUUCCUGUUCUCCGACUUCUACAAAGUGAAAUACACCGAGGACAAACCGAGAAACGGCGGUAUUUGUAUGCCUGUUUUGGGAAGUGAAAAGAGUCACCGAAACGGUACCUCCAAAACGAACGGUAACGUAUCAAAUGGUAAAAUGGUAAACGGUACCCAUCACGAAAAUGGUAACUUGUCAAACACUUAUAUGCAAAGCGAAUUUUCGAACACCUACAAACCCUGCUAUUCCAACGGAAUAAACAGAGGCUUUGUAAGCCAAGCCAAAGAAGAAGAAAGUAACAAAAAAAUCGAUUAAACUAGCAAUCAAAAUUAGGAGUAAAUUAGAUCGUAAUUUUGUUACUGGGUACAAAGGCAUUUCUUUGAAAACAAAAAAAAAAA